ACCGCCGCUACAUACGACAACGCGAUUCAACACGGCGAGGUUGAGCUGGAAACACUUUCUCUCGGUAUUCACGAUGGCGUGGAGGUGCACCGGUGCUACCAAUGCAGAGCUCAUCGCGAACAUGGCGAAGGCGGAGAUCAUCCACUCUGACCGCGUCACUGCAUCUAUGACAAAAGUUGAUCGCGCCAACUACGUGCGGUACGCGAACGGCGCGUACGAAGACUCGCCUCAGACGAUCGGGUAUGGCGCGACGAUCUCUGCGCCGCACAUGCACGCCCAUGCUGUAGAGCACCUCCUUCCGUUCCUCAAACCGGGUUCCCGCGUCCUUGAUGUCGGAUCGGGUUCGGGGUACCUCACUGCGGUGCUCUAUCAGCUCCUACAGGACCCGUCUGACCCGCGGAGCAACGACAGCAAAGUCGUCGGCAUCGAGCACGUCUCGGAGCUUGUUGAGUGGUCCGUCGGGAACCUACGCAAGGACGGAUUGGGUUCCGCCCUGGACGCAGGGCAAAUCAAAGUGAUCGCCGGCGACGGGCGCAAAGGUCUCCCGGAAGAUGGGCCCUAUGAUGCGAUUCACGUCGGCGCAGCCGCCCCUACCCUGCCCAAGGAGCUGAUCGAGCAGCUCGCACGGCCUGGACGCAUGUUCAUUCCUGUCGGGACGCAGACCCAACAGGUUCUUCAGAUCGACAAGGAUGUGGAUGGGAACGUCACAUCGAAGCCGCUUUUCGACGUUUUGUACGUUCCGCUGACUGAUCGUGACAAACAAUCAUGAACGUCCUGUGGGUCCUGGGAAUUUGUAUGUUUCAUGGAGAAGCCUCCCUAAGUUCUAUGGAUAGGCUGUGAGAGACGGCGAUCUCACGAUGUGGACAUGUAUCAACGGAUGUACCAGUAGCAGCCAUAUGCCUUUGGUUAACCAUGGAUGCAUAGUAUCUCAUCGCACGGAAUCGCUCGUCAAG